AUGGAUCCUCACCGCUUAGGAAGUAUCAAGUCGAUCUCUCCACUACCGCUUAUCCAAGCACUUCCGCAAGCGCUUCCGCUACCUCACCACAGCCACAUCGACACCCCAGAUGUUGAAGCCAUCGCGACUCCACAUUCGCGAUCCCCCGACAAUAGUGCCAGAAUGGCCCCCUCCCCAUCGGUUUUCGAUGAGGACUUCUGGCAGCAGUAUCUAGAGAACUAUCGGCUGAUGCUGGUAGGCGAAUCUCAUGGAUGCUUACCUGUCAAUCCUAAGAAGUAUCAUCAUUACUCGCUGGCGGUAACAACGGUGCGCCUGUAUUUUGAUCAAUUAGGCCUACCGGUUCCGUCACACACCGAGACUUGUGCAGUUUUGAAACUGCCCUUUGUCAAUGGUGAUGUGGUGAAAGCAUUUCAUUUCAUCCGAUUUUUCCAACUGGCCAACGAAGGCUAUUUUUUGACCAACAGUCCCAUUGACAAGCGCGGCCAUGCUAUUACAUAUCAAGGGGCUGAAAACUGGGAAAACGUUAUGUGCUAUUUGGAUGCGUUACUCUUCGCCAUGUUUGCCAAUAUGGAAGCUUUCGAACCAAUUUUAUUCAUUAGUAACGCUCACAUCAAUUCUCCUAACAAACGACUUGUCGAUCAAUUGAGUGCGUUACUCAGGGUAUAUACCACUUUAUUGCGUCUGGGAAAUUUGAUCACGACCGAUGUCACUAUUCAAAUUUGUGAAACUUUAACCAAACUUGGUUUCAUUGAGGCAACAUCCCAUACUCAGCAAGAUCUGGCAGCGCUUUUCGUUUUCCUCACGGAAAUGUUGCAAAUGCCAUUGCUUACGUUUAAGAUCGACAUUAAGCACGGUGGUAAGUUUAGCAAAGAAGAUGAUCAAAAGAUCAGCAAGGAACGCCUUUUAUUUGUGCUGAUUCCUGAAGAUACAUCUUCAUCACGCGAAGCAUCUCAAUCUCGUGCUGUUGAGGAUGACACUCUUUCUCCAUCACCUAACACUUCACCCCCUCCACCAGACUCUGAGGUGGCCAUUGCUGAAGUCACAGAAGAGCUUGGCCGUGUGGCAACACGCUCAGACUCUGAUGAGGAACCCGAAGAAAUCCUUCUCGAAGAAUGCCUUGAACACUACUUCAAUAACUCAAUUAGUGUCAAGCGUGAACUCGAGCGUCGUGCCACUAGUGAUCGCAUUGAAGUGAUCGAAGGAGUAAUUCCCACAUCAAGCCUGUCGAUGAAACUGCAGCCAUCAAGAAGUUCACUAUUCAAGGAACCCAUUAGAGGUGAAUUGCCUAGAACGCGUUCGCUGACUCUCCUGAUAUGGCUGGAGUCCCCUGCUGCCCCCAAUUCAACUACAACCCACCAAUCACUGAAUGACGAUACUCUGACCAUUCGCGGUCGAGCUACCCUGUUGCACGAGGUCAGUCUACCAGCUUGGAUGUUCUUACGAUUAUUGCCGUUCUACACUGACGAUAAUGAUACUGAUGGUACUGCAAAAAAUUCCAAAGAGUUUGUUAAUCGCCGGCCGAUUCUUCCCAUUUGCUUGAAGCGCUAUGAAUAUGACGUUGGCACGUCGACUGCCAAUCGUCUGAAACGUCGCGUUGUCAUUCCUCCAGUUAUCAAUUUGCCUCAAUUCGUCGCAGAAGAUGACAAUUAUGACAUGAAUAAUUACAAACUUAUUCUUGAGCUGGCUGUAUGCCAUCGUGGUACGCUGAUUAGCUCGGGUCAUUUUGUUGCUGCCACCCGCCGCGAUAAUAAUAACACUUCGUUGACACUUGAGGAAGGGUAUCUGGCAAAAUGGUUGCUCUUUGAUGAUAUGAACAAAAAGCAUCGUAUCAAGGAAAAGACUUUCAAGGAAAUCUUUGACAACGAGUGGCCUUAUAUUUUGUUUUACCGUUUAGUGCUGCCCGACGACCCUCUGGAGGAGCGUAUUGAACUGCACUUACCUAUAGUUCGCCCUCAUGGUUCAAAGUCAAACUACUGGAGUGAUCUUUCCCCCAUCACACUGGGCCCUCAGUCAGGUACCUCCCCCCAUUUAGCAGUUGCUAAUGAUGAGCCGAAAAGACGUGAGUCUCUGGCGAGUAAUUCAAGUAUUCCAUUACCUGAUAUUGCUCCCACUGAUCCUUCAUUUGUUGAUGUCAGAAACCGUUACUAUUGGUACGUUCCUGAUAAAGACCAUAAUUAUUACAAGGAGCUUCCCAGAAUCGGGGUUUCGGGAGAUUCCGAAAUCACAAUGAGUCCACAGUUCCGGCGAAACUCCCAAUGGAGUGGCGAGCACAAAGUGAUGUCCAUUAACACAAUCCCUGACAUCAGCCUCAAUGCGCCAAGUUAUCCGGCUGCAACACCAACAACUGUAUCAGCCCCAGCCAUCACGACUUCACAUGCUCCACACUCAGCCCGUGUACAUCACAGCAAGCCGGACACGGGUGAUGACUACGGGUUGCGGGAAAGACAAGGAUUUUUGGGUCGAAGCAAGCUGAAGAAGGUGACACGGCAGCUGCGUCGCAGACGUGACAAGUAUCGUGAUGAGAAGUGCGUACUUAUGUAG